UAAGUUAAUCACUGUAACCGUGCUGUUUCGGGUGCACUGAUUGGAUUUGUUUUUGUUUUGGUUUGAAUAGACUCUAAACUUUCCUGAUUCUAAUAAUUUAUCUGUAUUAUUUCCCGAUCUAUUAUAAAAUGGCAUGCUAUAAUUCACUGUACCGUUUACUCUUUAAAUUGCUAACUUCAUUGAUAGUCUUUUCAUCAGUCAUAUCUACUGUUGUGCCACCUGAUGAUCUUGUAAUUGAGCUUACUGAUGAUAAGUGGGACCAAAUUCAAAAAGGUCAAUGGUUGAUUGGAUUUUUUGAUAGAGAAACUGAAUCUAGCUUACAGUUAGAAAAGGAUUGGAAAACAUUUGCCAUGAAAUGCAAGACUGAGAAUAUUAAUGUGGGCAAGAUUUUUGCUCCUAAAACUCCAGGUCUUGAUGUUCGUUUUCUAGUAACUACAUAUCCAAAAGUAUUUUAUGUUAAGAACGGAGUAGCUCAUGAAAUUCCCAAAGUGAGCAGAGAGAUCCUGAUGAGCACAAUUAGAGAUAAAAAAUGGGGUCAAUUAAAACCUGUUGGCUUCCUGACUAAUCCCUUCUCUGUACAAAUGUCUUUGUUAUCACAUCUCUUCAUUCAUGCUGUAAAUCUUUAUAAUUAUGAAGAUGCUAUUGUUCAGAAAUUUGUUCCUUUUGCUAGUGCUACAGACAUUGCUUUUGGUUUAACUUUCAUCAUUGUUGGAACAUCUCUUGGAUUGUUUAUAAUUGCUGCUGUCAGUGUGAUACAAAUACUAUUCUUCAGCUCUAAAGAUAGUGAGGAUUCAUCUUAUGAUGAGAAGGAAGAAAGUGAUCAAGAAAAGGAAAAGGAAGAGGAAACCGAAGAUAACUCUGAAGAAUCCAAAUCGGUUCGAAAAAGAAAAAAAUAAUUCCUUAAAAAUAUUUAGGAGUUAAUCUUUUUUUAAAAAAAUAUUAUAUGUUUAAA